AUGGCUACCGCCCAGGGACAGGACAUCGUUUGCUGUCAAUUGUGUCCAAACCCUGUUGAACAACACUGCAACUUUUGUCAUGUGGACCUCUGUCCUUCCUGCAUAGCAAAACACAUGGCAGACAAAUCUAGGGAACAUGAAGUUGUUGGUUACACUUCCAGAAAAGAAGAAACUAUUGUUCUUCCAAGAUGUUCAAAGCAUGAGAAUAAAAGAUGUGAAACAUACUGCCAAGACUGUAAAAUACCAAUAUGUAUUCAGUGUGUGUUGGGUUUACACAGAAAACAUGAAUUUACAGAUAUCAAUGAUAUUCUUAAAAAACAGAAACAGCAAAUUAUAGCCGACACAGAAGAACUGGAAAAUGCCAUGGUUCCAAAAUAUAGAAACGUCCACCCAACUACAACGGCUGCAGAGUAUGACAAAGUUGUCGCUGCCAUAGAAGAACAAGAGGGUAAGAUUUGCAAAGCUGUGCAUGAAGCUGGCAUUCAACUCAAAGACGAAGUUUCCAAACAGAGAGAUGUAGCAGUGAGAAAGAGCAGAGAAAUUCAGUCUUUGAACGAUAAAGCUGAAAAAAAACUUAAUGAAGUCAUUAAGAAGAACAAAGAUAUUCUUAAAAGCAAUGAUGCUUCAGUCAUAAUAAAUUAUAAGUCGAGAAAUGAAGACUUCAAAGUCGGUCCAGAGUUACCAAGAGUUUCUUAUCCACAGUUGUUCUCUGGUUAUAUUAAUGAAGACCAAAUUCUCAAAAUGUAUGGUUUUCUCCAGACUGAGGAUGAAGUGAAGAAAAGACCUGGAUCACUGAGAAUGAUUAAAUAUCCUGCUGUUAUAAGCACCAUUCAAAGUCCUUAUGGUAGUACGCAUGAGUUGUGGAGAUUGCAGUGUAGGGGAAGAGAUAAGAUAUUGAUAAGUGGAAAUGAUAAAACAAUAAAAGAGAUAGACAGCACUGGAUGCAUUAUACAAACAAUUCAAACGAACGAUGAUGUUAGAGUAUUGACCAUCAAUCUGCGACAGGAACCAGUGUUUUCUUCAAUUACCUGGGUUUAUAAAGAGAUCUACAUUUUUAAUAACAGUGAACUUAGGGUAUUAUAUAGCAUACCUGAUUGGCUUCCUGUUGGUUUAUGUUAUACAGGGAAUGGAGAUCUACUAGUAAGCGUUCGUUCUAAGGAUAGGAAACAGAGUAGAAUAGUGAAGUACUCAGGAAUCGCAGAAAUUCAGAAAAUUCAAUUUGAUUGUCAGGGAAAACCUUUGUUUUCUAUUGGUGCUGAAAUUGUACUUCUCUUGACUGAGAAUGGCAAUGGAGAUAUCUGUGUUGCUGACUAUGCUGGGAAUGCAGUUGUUGUGGUGGAUUCUUCUGGUAGAUUACGAUUCAAGUAUGAAGGGAACCUCCUCACAAAAACAAAGUUCACAAAAUUCACACCAUCUAAAAUUGCUGCAGAUGUCAAUACUAAUAUACUGAUAAGUGACAAUAGCAUUGUCCACAUUAUAGACUGUGAUGGUAACUUUGUCCGUUAUAUUGAGCAUCCGUGUAAUGGUGGACUGAGUAUUGAUACUGACCACAAUCUUGUUAUUGGAGACAAAAAUACUGGAAAAAUUCAAAUCAUCAAAUAUCUAGAGUGA